AGCUUUCAGACUCGGUCAUCUUUAGACAUUGAAUACCCGUUCUCCAGUUCCACCUUCCGAGUGACUUAUCGACCGAAUCAAUAUGGCGGACGAAGAAAGCCCCCCUAUGGCGGAGACCAAUUCCAGACCAGGGACCUCCGGGGUAAGGUCCAGAGCUGCUAGUAGCAAGAGCCAGAGGUCUCGACCUGGUAGCGCACAGCCUGUGAGUUCCAGACCUCCAAGCUCCAAGAGUAUUCAGUCCCAACCCCGGAGUCGACCAGCAUCGAGUGUGUCCAAGAAAUCCGGGAACCUAUCCCGGAUCGGCUCGGCCACAUCUAACCGAAGUGCUUGGUCUACAGAUGAUGGCGAGGAGAUGUUCAAGGUCAAUGAGGAGGAAGAGGAUCUGAUUCGAGAUGAAGAACCGGCACAAAAGGGUUGUUGGCAUUCAUUCACCAAUUGCGUGGGAGGAAUGUGGGCCACUCGCGAAAUGGAGACCAUCGAUGAUCGUGAGGUAUUUGUACGGACAACCAUUCGGGAACUCGUGGUGUACUGCAUCUUUCUGGUGGUUCUCUGUAUUUUGACCUUUGGUAUGACAUCUGCAACCAUGUUCUACUACACAAAAGUCAUGAGCAACCUUUUCGAGGGCGCCACGUCCGUCUCACAAGUGGACCAAUUCUGGAAAUUUUUGGAAGACGAUCUCCCCAAUGGACUUUAUUGGGAAUACCUGUACAAUGAUGGAUCCAACAAGAACUUUGUAUGUCCUGGAGGGGAAGAGGCCAUUGGACCUUGUCCUGUGGCUCCGGCCGAUCGAAAUAUCCUGUAUGAGAAUCGUCUUUUGGGAUUACCAAGAAUGAGGCAAAUUCGAGUGAGAAAUGAUUCUUGUGAUGUCCAUGAAGACUUCCAAAAUGCCAUCAAGCAAUGCUAUAACUCCUACUCGGAGUCCAUAGAGGACAAAUCAGCAUUUGGGAAUGGAUAUCGCAAACGAACCAGUGCCUUGGCUUGGCGGUACUCUUCUGCCGAUGAUUUGGGUGGAGCAGCUCAUUCUGGAAUUUUGACCUCGUAUUCGGGUGCAGGAUCGGUGCAGGAUCUCCAUUCUCUCCAAAAUGAAUCGGCUGCCAUCAUCAAAGAACUCAAAGAAGGGCUCUGGAUAACUCGGGGAACUAGGUUCGCAGCUGUAGACUUCACCGUCUACAACGCCAACAUCAAUCUCUUCUGCAUUGUCAAGCUGACCUUUGAGUUCCCGGCAACGGGUGGGAUCCUGCCCUUCUCAUCAUUCCGAACCGUAAAACUUCUCCGUUACGUGACUGCUUGGGACUACUUUAUCUUGGCUUGUGAGCUGAUCUUCUGUGGAUUCAUCUUCUAUUACGUUGUAGAGGAAGCUUUGGAGAUACGGAAACACAAGUACAGCUAUUUCAAGUCGGUGUGGAACAUGUUGGACCUCACGGUUAUCAUUAUAUCUAUAGUGUGUAUAUUCUUGAACUUGUACACCCACGUGGUGGUUGAAUCCAAGCUUCAAGAUCUGCUCGCUCAACCUGAUCAGUAUGCCGAUUUCACAUCUUUGGGCAUGUGGUCCAAACAGAAUAAUAAUGCCGUGGCUAUUUGUGUCUUCUUUGCUUGGAUCAAGCUCUUCAAGUACAUCUCGUUCAACAAAACCAUGACCCAACUCAGUAGCACCUUGUCACGGUGCGCCAAGGACGUGGCCGGAUUCGGAGUGAUGUUCUUCAUUGUGUUCUUCGCCUUUGCUCAACUUGGAUAUCUGUUGUUCGGCACUCAAGUGAAGGAUUUCAGUUCGUUUUCCGAUGCCAUUUUCACGUUGCUGAGAACCAUCUUGGGAGAUUUCGACUUUGCCGCCAUUGAGCAAGCCAAUCGAGUCCUUGGGCCCAUCUUCUUCUUGUCGUACGUCUUCUUUGUCUUCUUCGUGUUAUUGAACAUGUUCUUGGCCAUUAUCAACGACACCUAUUCUGAGGUCAAGGCUGAGAUCGCCGGUCAAAAGAACGAAUUUGAGAUUGGAGAUUACUUAAAACGUGGCUACAACAAUGUCUUGGGCACAGUCGGCGCACGUAAUAAGGCCAUUGAUAUUGAAAAUGCCCUGAAACUGGCCAACUCAGACGGGACCGUGACCUAUGACGAAGUCCGUCAGAACUUGAAAAAAUGCAACUUCAGCGAUAUGGAGAUAGAGAUGUUCUUUUCGCGUUACGAUAAGGAUGGUAAAUUUGAAUUCAAUUCUGACCAAACCAAUGAGAUCCUCGACGCGCUGGAUGAUGAAAGUGAGGAGGAGGAGACCAUUGAGAAUGAACCCAGGCCCAAGUCCGGAAAAGAAGCCAGGGCUUUGCGAUCUGCCCGAAUCAAGAGUGCAGCUGCCGGGGGAAGACCGAAGAGUGCUCAAGGAAAUGUUGGAGGAGAGCAAUUCGGAGUAUUGUGUCGACGAGUGGACAGGAUGGAACAUUCAAUCGGUAGCAUCGUGACCAAGAUCGAUGCCGUACUGAUCAAACUCGAGUCCAUGGAAAAGGGCAAGACCAAGCGCAAGGCCACCAUGUCCAAGAUUUUAGGAGCUAUCACUGAAGACGAUGGAUCGGAUGAUGCUACCCGACGACAAAGAAUGGAAGACAUGGUUCGAGAAGAACUCCAGAAUUGGGAAGACUCAAGUCGACCUUCCACCUCUGAGUCUGCGCCCCCAUUGCAAAAAUGAAUUUGAACAUGGAAAUCUGGAUUAAAGUAGAGACUUGUGACUUCUGUGAUGACAUUAACAUCCAAACUUGUUGUUUGAGACUUACCUUAGAAUGAAAAUCAUACUGCAGAAUCAAA